UUCUUUCCUUUUCUCUCUCUCCCUCUCUUGCUCUGCAUUCAGGAAUUUUCAACUUGAACAAAUUUCUCCAGUGACUCUACUUUUCUUGAUCACUCUAUUCUCUUCUCCUUGUGCGAAUUCAUGAAGUUUUAGGGUUUUCUUGGAAAAUAAAGUAAAGAAUUCAAAGGGUUCAUCAAGAAAAGGGCAAUGUCGAGUAGAACUGGUGUUGAUUAUCACAACAAUGAUUACAGUACUCAACCAAGAGGCUUCUUGACGCCGCCCCCGACAUGGAAGACGAGACGGUGUCCUCCGGUGAUGCCAGCGUCCGAGAAGAAACCAAGAAGGUCACCACAGUCCAGAGCUGACUGCUUCCAUAUCAUUCACAAGGUCCCUUCUGGGGACUCUCCCUACGUCAGAGCAAAACAUGUGCAGCUGAUAGACAAGGAUCCAAGCAGGGCUAUUUCCCUGUUCUGGUCAGCAAUAAAUGCUGGUGAUCGAGUUGAUAGUGCCUUAAAAGAUAUGGCUGUUGUCAUGAAACAAUUGGAUCGGUCCGACGAGGCAAUUGAGGCCAUUAAGUCCUUUCGUCAUCUCUGUCCUCCCGAAUCUCAGGAAUCCCUUGACAAUAUAUUGGUUGAACUGUAUAAGCAAUCUGGCAGGAUUGAGGAAGAGAUUGAAAUGCUUCAACUAAAACUGAAGCAAGUAGAAGAAGGAAUAGCUUUCGGGGGGAAGAGAACGAAGAUGGCAAGAUCUCAAGGAAAGAAGAUACACAUCACAGUUGAAAAAGAGUAUUCUAGGUUGUUAGGGAAUUUAGCAUGGGCUUACAUGCAGCAGAAAGACUUCAAGUCCGCAGAAGAAAAUUACAGAAAAGCACUGUCAUUUGAAUCAGAUAAGAACAAACAGUGCAAUUUAGCCGUAUGCUUGAUGCACAUGAAUAAGUUUACAGAAGCCAAAUUUCUGCUCCAAGCAAUAAGAGAUUCAUGUGACAAUGGUCAUAUAGAUGAAUCACAUGUUAAGUCCUAUGAGCGUGCCUCUCAAAUGCUGGUCGAGUUGGAGUCACAGCGCGUCCUUAAGCCUAUAAAACAGACAGAACAUUGUAAUGAAUCUGGAAUAGCUAGACGAUUUGCAGAUGGACAUCUUAAUAAAAUGGAGCCAUUUGGUGGUCAAUGGGAUAGUGGAGUCUAUUUUCGGAAAAACUGUGAUGAUAACAAUGGUGGUAUGCAGUCAUCUCCACUGCCUUUGUCAGUCGACAAAAUGAAGAAUGGAGCAUUUACUGAACUUCCUUGUGAGAAAAGGGCUGAUUCUGACUGGAGAACAAACCGUUAUCAGCCUAAUAUUGGCAAUGGAAUAUAUUCAGCAUGCAAGAGGGCAUAUACAUCCCCCUUUUUCAAUCAAAUGAUUCCAAAAGUUCCAUUCACCCAACCGCGGAGAUGUUCACAGUCUGGAGAUCAAAGAAAGGGUGGCUUGAAAGAAAAUGCAUAUGCAAGUUCCUGUCGGAAAUUGUCCUUUGGAUCGUCUAUGGAUACUGAAAAUGUGCAGUCAUUGAUGAACAAAAAUGUUAAUUAUUAUUCUACUGCUCCUGCUGAGGUGCGACGAAUUUCGGAAAAGCAUUUUCCCUUUACUGGUGGAGAUUGGAGAAAGAAUUCAUCAGAUAACCUUGAUCGAAACAGUGGGUUUUUGAAGCCCUUAGAAACUAAUGGAGAAAGGAUGAAUCCAUUGGCAUAUGAUUGCAAGAAAUCUGCUACAGAAGAAUCUGAUUUGCCUUUGGACUUUUCUGCUGAGUGUUCAGAAACUAAAGAAAUUUGUGACAGGAUUUCAGGUCAAUGUUGCAGGUUAACUAGUGCGGUUAGCAUUUGGCCUUCCAAUUGUAAAGAUGAGGAGACAAGUAGGAUGACAUGUGAAGAUAAGAAAAGUUGGGCUGAUAUGGUCGAAGAAGAUGAGCAAGAGUUGGUAAGUUGGAGAAAUGAUUUCCCACGAAGCUAUUCAAACAAUCAAUCUCAAGAUUCUUUAUUGUCUAUCCAAACUCCAGCCGAUAUAGCUGUUGGGUCUAUGAUUCAAGAAGGGUUUAAUGAUGAGAAUGUGGACUCUAACAUAAUUUCUGAGACUCCCAAGUCACUCUGUCAAGCUGAGAAAUUAAGUGAACAGAUUGAACUGAUUGAUCUGGGGAGCGGAUAUUUUACACAACCUGAGAAAACGACUUUAUCAACGAACCAAGCAGUGAGGCGUUCUUUGUAUUUCGAUCAGAAUCACAAACCAGGGACAGCAAAAGAUCAUUGUACUUCACCAUUGACAGUCAAAGUUUUUAACUUUGAAGGCCAAGGUUUAGAACUCCCAGAGGAUGUCUGUUCCACAAAAUCUAUAAAGCGGAGGAGCAGGUUGCAGGUUUUCCAGGAUAUAACACUUAUUCCUGAAAGUUCAGAUCUUGAUAUCACACAGAAGAACUAGUGAUGCUAUCUUUCCCUUAUCUGCUCGACAGGUCUGAAUAUUGAUUUCUGCAAGUGUCUUUGUGUAUUGAAAUUCCAAACUGAUUCAGCUGUAAAUCUCUACAACACCGUA